CUCAGACCCUAAUUCCUAUCCUUCUUUUUAAGUCUUAAGGGUAUUAAAAUAUGCAAAUGAAGAUAUGAUAUAUGCUAAUCAUGAAUCAACUUUAUACUUAACACCUAAUAAAUCAUAUAAAGCAGCUGUGGAUAUGGUCCCCUUAUGUUUCCUCUUUUUCUAAGCCGUUUGAGUAAUGAACUCCCUAUUCUACUGUUCUUUGUUUCCCAUGCAAUUUGAAUAUCAUCAUUCUUCUUUCUCAAUUCUCAUCCCCACACAAAAACAUAUUCUUUCUUGUUUGCUUUUAAACAAAUUAUAAAUUAGCUCUUUCACACUUUAAUCCACUCCAUACUCCAUUCUACUCCACUCCCCACUCCCCACUCCCCAACAGGGUUGGGCUCACUCUAUCUCAUAUUUCUCUUUCUCUCUGCCACUACUCCAAGUCCCAAUGGAGAUUUCACCAAUCUUAUUGUGUUUAAACCUCAUUCUUGUUACUUCCAUGAUUGUUACUGUACCUGCUGCUGAUGUUUUCUCUGAUGCCCUGAUAAGCUUAAAAUCCGAGUUAAUGGAUGAUUACAAUACUUUAGAUGAUUGGUUCUUGCCUUCCAAGAACAACCCAUCUGUAGAAAUAGCAGCUUGUUCAUGGUCUGGGGUUUCUUGCAACAAUAACUCCACCAUAAUCAUUGGGUUGGACCUAUCAAGAAGAGGUCUAGCAGGAGAACUUUCUGGGAAACAAUUUGGUGUCUUUGUUCAUCUUGUUAGCCUCAAUCUCAGUCUCAAUUUGUUUUCUGGGAAACUUCCUGUUUCAAUCUUUAAUCUCACUAACUUGAAAAGCUUAGACAUAAGUAGGAACAAUUUUUCAGGUAAUUUCCCACAUGGGGUUUCAGGGUUAAAGAAGCUUGUGGUGUUAGAUGCCUUGAGCAAUAGUUUUUCAGGGCCAUUGCCUGCUGAGGUUUCGCAGAUUGAGUCACUCAAAGUUCUUAACUUUGCUGGGAGUUACUUCAGUGGGCCAAUCCCUUCAGAAUUUGGGAAUUUCAAGGGCUUAGAAUUCAUUCAUUUGGCUGGAAAUCUUCUUGGUGGUCAUAUUUCUCCUGAGCUGGGAAAGCUUCAAAGUGUUACCCACAUGGAAAUUGGCUAUAAUUCAUACCAAGGUGGCAUCCCUUGGGAAAUAGGAAACAUGAGUGAACUUCAAUACCUUGAUAUUGCAGGAGCAAAUCUCUCUGGCCAAAUUCCAAAAAAUAUUGGGAAUUUGGCUAAGCUUGAAUCCCUUUUCUUAUUCAGAAACCAAUUCAGUGGGUUUAUUCCCUCAGAGUUCAGCAAAUUGGUUUCUCUGCAAAGUUUGGAUCUUUCUGACAAUAUGAUUUCUGGGGAAAUCCCAGAAAGUUUCGCAGAGCUCAAGAAUCUCACUUUUCUCAGCCUUUUUCAAAACGAAAUGAGUGGCACUAUUCCCCAAGCCAUAGCAGAUCUUCCUCUGCUGGAUACUCUCCUCCUUUGGAACAAUUAUUUCUCAGGGUUGCUUCCAAAGAGCUUGGGGAUCAACUCAAACCUGAAAUUGGUGGAUGUUUCAACUAACAAUUUCAGCGGUGAGAUACCUCCUAAUCUGUGUGCCAAUGGCAUGCUUUCCAAGCUUAUAUUGUUCUCCAACUCUUUUACUGGUGAGCUUCCCCUUUUCCUCUCCAAUUGUUCAUCUCUUGUUCGCAUUCGAUUCGAAUAUAAUUCACUCUCAGGUCCCAUCUCAUUUAAAUUUGGUUCUUUAUCUGAAAUUUCGUAUGUGGAUUUGUCAAAUAACAAGUUGAUAGGGGGUAUUCCGGAAGAUAUUAAUCAAGCUUCUAAGCUUGAGUAUUUCAAUGUCUCCAAUAACCCUGAGCUUGGUGGUAAACUUCCACCUAAGCUUUGGUCUUUACCAUUACUAAGCAACUUUUCUGCAUCUUCUUGUGGCAUAUCAGGCAAUAUUCCCUCUUUCCAAUCUUGCAAAUCUCUUACUGUUAUUGAACUUAGUUCAAAUUACCUGUUGGGAGAUAUGCCAGAAACCAUUUCAGAUUGCCAAGGUCUUAGUAUCAUAGACCUAUCUCAUAAUAAUCUCAGUGGUGAAAUCCCUGAAAACUUGGGUCACUCAACUAGUUUACAGCUACUAAAUGUGUCAUUCAAUGAUAUAUCUGGUUCGAUACCUCGAGGCAAAAGUUUUAGGUUAAUGGAUAGCAGUGCUUUUGUGGGUAAUUCAAAGUUAUGUGGGGAGCCUUUAGAGGAAUGCCCAAAUUCUAAAGCAAUCCAAGCAGAGUUUUUGUGGGUACUAAUACUUUGUGUAGCUAUUGUUUUUUUUAUAGCCCUUGCUGUUUCUGGAGUAUAUUAUAUCCAGAAGGGAAGAACAAAAGGUCAUUGGAAAAUGAUCUCUUUUACUGGAUUGCCCAACUUCACUGCAAAUGAUGUUUUGAAGAGCUUUAGUUCUCCAGAGUUCAUGGAGACAGCAUCUCCAGUAUGCAAAGUCACCUUGCCAACAGGAAUAACAGUUUCUGUAAAGAAGAUUGAGUGGGACCCACAGAGAAUGGAAAUUAUGGAAGAGUUUAUCAUCCAAAUGGGCAAUGCAAGGCAUAAAAACCUGACUAGAGUGCUUGGAUAUUGCUACAAUAAGGAUCUUGUGUAUGUUCUGUAUGAUUACUUGCCAAAUGGAAAUCUGGCCGAAAAGAUUUUAGCACAACAGGAUUGGGCUUCCAAGUAUAAGAUAGUGUUGGGUAUUGCAAAGGGCCUUUGCUUCCUUCAUCAUGACUGCUAUCCAGCUAUUCCUCAUGGCGAUCUUAGGACGGGUAACAUCGUGUUAGAUGAAAGCAUGGAACCUCAGUUGACGGAAUUUGGUUUUCGAUUUCUAAUGCUACUUAACAAAGGCUCAUUCCCGCUAACACCAUCCAAAUUGCAGUCAGCAGGUCAAGAGGCAUCAAUCAAAGAGGAGAUGUACGCGGAUAUAUAUAACUUUGGAAAGGUGAUACUGGAAAUCUUGACAAAUGGAAGGAUAAAAGAUGUGACUAAGAGCAUUCAAAGCAAGGCAAUAGAAGAUCUUUUAGAAGAGAUAUGCAGUGAAAACGAAAUUGGUGAACAAGUAUAUUUGAGGAAGGAGAUAAGUUUAGUACUCGAAGUUGCUUUACUUAGCACGAGAAGCAGGCCAUCUGAGCAGCCAUCGAUGAAAGAUGUACUGAAUCGUCUAUCUGGAUUGAAUUGUUAAUUGUAAAGAAAGGAUUUAGAUAACGGAAAGAAGUAAAUAAUAUAAUGGCAUAACACAGCUGCAAUGAUUGCGGUUUGCGAGUUAUCCAAUCAGUAGCAUUUAGGAGUAUGAUUAAGAUUGCCUGAUGCAUUGAUGCGGCUAUAUUCCUGAUCUCCCUGAUUAUUCCCUUCUGUAAACUGUAAUUGUAGUGCUGUAAAAAUGCAGCCAGUCAGCUGUCUGAAAUUGUACGAGCAAAAAUAUUUGUGUAUUGAGUUGUGCUUAUUGCCUUGUAUUCAACAAUUUCUGUGAUGUGUGGAUUUUUUAUGUAAUGGAAAUGGAAAUGCAACAAUGCAUGCAAUGUUGGCAGCAAUAAUACAUUGGAUUCAGAGUUAUGUUGAGGAUAUACUUACUAUAUAUCAAAUAUAUGCAAUGUU